AUGUGCCAGAGGAGCAUGAGUCACAUGAGAUUCGAAGACCACACGAAGCUUUUCGGAAUGUCGUUUGGGAAGUCGGGCCGACGCGCAAGCCGCAACUGUGUUGAAUCAUCCAACCCGGGACAGGUUGCAUUGCUGGGCAGUUUGCUAGACGUUGGCUUUCUUCUCAGUGCAGCACUGCGCAUGCUACCGCCGAUUGUCAGCAUUGGUGCCUUGAGGCAGCCUGGUAUCUUGUCCUGCUUGAGGCAGCAGACCAAAGGCAGCUGCGCAAAGAGCAAGAUGUGUGGCUUGGCAUGUGGAUGGCGCCUGGAGUCAGGCUUCUCCCCAAAACGCGUCCGGACUUGGCUUUUCUAUGAGUUGCGCGAUGUGGCUGUUGGACACGCGCAGCACUGUGUUGAAUUGCCUGGAGUUUUGCUUGACGCUGGCCUGGUCGGUGUAACUUUGCACAGUCUGGCAGUAAGUGCUGACACCGCCCGAUCCCUUGGUGUCGGCGCACCGUCGAAGCCUCGAAGCAUCUCGAAGCGCUUCGUUCCGCUUGAAGCAAGCAUUCGGCCCGGCAAGUAG